AAUUCCCUUUAAUUUUUCAUAACAAAAUCACAUUGCCAAAAACAUCGUGCCGCGUUUUGUUGUGUUCCACUGUUCACAGAGAUUUUGGAACGAUUUAUUUCUUUAGUAGCUUAAAGGAAACAGUUAUUAAAAUGCCAAAACAAACCAUUCUAAAGGAAUUAGCAAAGUGCAAACAUCCUAAAAGCAGGAAAACGUUAGCACUGACGCGCAAAGUUAAAAAAAUAAACAACCGCGAAAAGAUUAAGCUUGGACAUGCAGCCAAAGCCAAUAUGGUUGGUAACAAACUAGCCUGGUUUGCAGAGCGCCUGUACGAACAGAAUGCUCCAUUAACGCCGGCAGAAUAUGAAGCACUGAUAGAUGGGUACCUGAAGCGAUUCGAUCGAGAGCUGGAGCAAAUUAAGAUAGUUCAAUCGAUUGGGAAGCAUCGUGCAACGCAGCACGCAGCACGGGAAGCAGCGAUAAAGACCACGCUCGAAACGGAACUGCUUAAUUUCAACAGUGGAGGCGGUAUAGAGCUACCCGAUUUAUGUGAUCCGAUAAACUUUAAACUGUUUCAAGAAUGGGAUGGCAGUGCGGCUACCAUUCAACAUUUGAAACUAAAGUUCAUCUCUAGAAAGAUGCUAGAGAAAUCAGCCACGGAAAGCAAAGUCGAUAAAAUGCACGAAUAACACGUUGAA